ACUCUGGCGAGAUGAUUCAGUGCUAAAUGUAAACCACGGGGAGGAAAAUGGUGGCGAGCACUCGUGUACAGAAGCUGCUCCGUCGGUACAAACUUGCCAUCGCCGCUGCUUUAACUAUUCUCCUGAUCCAGGGUUUGGUGGUAUGGAGUCUCCGGAGUCUGGAAGAAGGAGAGGCCGAGCGCAGAGAGCGUCGGUCCAAGCUUCCUGAUCACAACAACCAGGAUGGAAGGAGAAUCUUAGAAAACAGUAAGCAGAACGUCCACUCUCAUGGCCGAGAGAAGCAUAACAUGGACAGAACUGUUGUCCCUCAUUCCCCAAAGAGAGAUGGAAGACGAAGAAAGAAUGAUAAAAGGAUGGAAGGAGCCAGAGUCGUGCAUGGGAACCAAGUCGUAGACGUCAUCGCGCCGUACGAUCCAUCCAGCAGUCGGAACUUUACCGACACCAAGGGGCAGGAAGGAGGCAAGAUCCUGCCAGGCGCUCAGGGAGAAACAGGGAGUGUUGACGGUGCAGCCCAGGUCCCGAGCAACGACUUCGUUCCCAGCUGUGAGAUCGUUGGUAAAGACGCUCUGUCGGCUCUGCACCGCGCUGGAUCGCGCCAGUGCCGGCAGGAGAUCGCCAACGUCGCGUGCAAACACCAGGCUGGGGAGCUGAUGCCUCAGGCUUUACCUCAGUACUGCACACAGCACGUCUUAUCCAGUGCUGUCCAGCAGGCUGAUGUUCUGGACAAUGAUCUGUCCAAAGUGGAGAACCCAGUGAGGGUGGCAUUUGUGCUUAUGGUUCACGGCCGAGCCGUGCGGCAGCUGAAACGACUCCUCAAAGCCAUCUAUCACAAAGACCACUUCUACUACAUCCACGUGGACAAGCGCUCCAACUACCUGCAUCAUGAAGUCGUGCAGAUGGCUCAGCUGUACACCAAUGUCAGGGCUACGCCCUGGCGCAUGGUCACUAUCUGGGGCGGGGCCAGUUUGCUGAAGGCCUACCUGCGCAGCAUGCAGGAUCUGCUGUCCAUGCACGACUGGAAAUGGGAUUUCUUCAUCAACCUCAGUGCCACUGACUUCCCCACCAGGACCAACGAUGAGCUGGUGGCUUUUCUCUCACAGAACCGUGACAAGAACUUCUUGAAGUCUCAUGGCAGAGAGAAUGCCAGGUUCAUUAAGAAACAGGGCUUGGACAGACUCUUCCAUGAAUGUGAUAAUCACAUGUGGCGGCUGGGCGAGCGCACCAUCCCCGAGGGCCUGGAGGUGUCUGGAGGCUCUGACUGGUUUUCUCUCACACGUCGCUUCGUGGAGUAUGUGGUCAACUCCAAUGACAUGCUGGUGAUCGGGCUGAAGCAGUUCUACACCUACACCCUGCUCCCUGCUGAGUCUUUCUUUCACACAGUGUUAGGAAACAGCCACAUGUGCAACACGCUAGUGGACAACAACCUGCGAGUCACUAACUGGAACCGCAAGCUGGGCUGCAAGUGCCAGUACAAGCAUAUAGUGGACUGGUGCGGAUGCUCUCCUAAUGACUUCAAACCUGCUGAUCUCAUCCGAAUUCAGCAGCUGACAAGGCCCACAUUCUUCGCCCGCAAAUUUGAAUCCACUGUCAACCAGGAGGCCAUUAAUAUUCUCGAUACCCAUCUCUAUGGGAACUACCCACCAGGUACUGCGGCACUCAAAGCCUACUGGGAAAGCCUGUUUGAGCGUGAGGACGGUAUGGACAAUCUCAGUGACGUUGCACUCACAGCCUACACGUCCUUCUUCAGACUUGGUCUCCAUAGUCAGAAAACCAUGCAUGAGUCCUGCAGGUUUGUGCCUGUUGGCUAUCCUAUCUCUGUCCAUCUAUAUUUCUAUGAUGACCGUUUCCAGGGAUACCUGGUGCGCCAGGAGGUGAAGAACAUAUCUGGGAAGAUGGAAAUGCUGGAGGUGUGGGUUGUUCCUCAGGCCACACUACAGCUUGAGAGCAACCUGAAUGAGUUUGAGAGGCUAAAGAACCUUGAGGUAGGAACGGACUGGGACCCUAAGGAAAGAAUUUUCCGGAACUUUGGCGGCGUGAUGGGCCCUUUGGACGAGCCUGUGGCAGUACAGAAAUGGGCUCGUGGCCCCAACCUUACAGCCACCAUAGUGUGGAUUGAUCCUGCUCAGGUUGUAGCAGCGUCUUAUGACAUCAGCGUGGACGUAGAAGCAGAGUUUACACAGUACAAGCCGCCACUGCAGCGUCCUCUCAGGCCGGGAGUAUGGACAGUCCGUGUGCUGAAGCUAUGGGAGCGUGUGGCCGAAGCUCGCUUUCUGGUUAUGCCUCUGGCUUUUAAAGGAAAGGAGCCAUUUCGCAAAGAGGAGCACAGCUGGCUGCACACAGGUCCUGCAGGCAAUGUUUACCUUGAGCAUGGUUUCCAGCAGCUCUCUCAGGUUCUCAAGCUGCCUCCUAUGGAGACUGCCCUGGAAGAGUCACAGAAAAAGGCUUCUCUGGUGGGGAAUGCUCUGGAGGGUUGGGUGGACAGCUUAGUGGGUACCUUCUGGGCAACUGGAGACGUGUGUUCCACUGGGAGGUCUCUCUGUCCCAGUGUACAGCUGUGUAAGAAGGCUAGCUGGAGCUCCAUGUCUCCAGAUCCCAAAUCUGAACUGGGUGCUGUCAAAAGCAAUGGCCGCAUCAGGUAGCACCCUAAAAAAAAAAAAAAAACAAUUCGAACGAGCAACGAUGAGAUCACUAAAGUGAGCUACAGAGGAGAGGAGGAGUCCCUUCGCAGGGAUGUUUACGGGGAAUGGGUCUCUUGGAUCAUCCCAUGUUUUCUGGUCGAGAUACCUUGUCUUGAGGAUUGGUGUCAGGGACAAUGUAAGAGAAGAAGAAUCUGUUGAUGUUUGCACAUGAGAACAUUUUCUAAUUUUAAAGAAUCAUUGCUGAGAAGCGUUACAAGUUUUCUGGGGUGUAUCCAUAUGCAGUCUUGAUUUGACUGGGUUAACCCAGCUUUUUUGUUUUUUCUAUUUUCAGAACAAAUCAAAGAAAGCGCACAUUUUCUUUUGUGUAUACAUUAAUUGUAGCCAAUUAAUUAUUUUUAUUAAUUCAUUGUUGCUGCCUGUUGAAGGUUAGUGGUUAGAGUCCUGCAGCCUAGUGGUUCUCAUAAUGAAGCAUAGCCAGUUAGGUUAGGAUUUUUUUUUUUUUUUUUUUUUAAUCACUACCUACCGUUACAAAAACUGUUCUAUACGUUAAAUGAUAUUCAUUAGCACGUUCAACUGGUUACAUGAAUUACGUAAGUUUUAAUCUAUUCUUAAGGACUUAAGUUUGUAAAUAAUAUCAGGAUAGACCUAUCGUGUUAUGUCAGUAGAAGGUGCAGGAAAAAAAAAAAACUUUAUGGCUCAAUCAGUCCCAAAAGAUUUUUUUUUAUUUUUUAUUACACUUAAAUUAAUUAGAAUGGUUACAAUUUAUGAUGAGGUUCUGUGGAAUAUGUUUUACAGGUAAACGGGUCCCUGGCUACAAAACGUUAAAGCCUGUAAUUUUU